ACUUUCAUGAAAGUCGCGAACCGUCCAGUAAACCGCGCCCGGAUAGGCCAUGAGAGCGACCAACCAGGCGCUUCAACAAAGACAAUGUAACGAAGCAAAGGGGAAGGACCGCCUCCGAGUUUCUCUUUCCAAGAAAAAACGGAGGGGAUAUGAAAAAGUCAAAUUAAAGUGGAAUUAAAGAAUGUCUCCUUCUCACAAGCUUGUUGGUAAACUGCCAGAGACGUCCGCCAGGGUUAGAAGCCUGUUUUUGUGGAUUUGUGCGUUUUUCUGAAGGGUUUCAAAACUUGUCUGCUAGCGGAGAGCCAGCGAGAAAUUGUGAGCUUGUGCGAGACCUGACGGAGUCUUCUUACUGAGAAGGGACAACAAAUCCCGAAGCCAUCAAACUCAAGGAAUGGCUCGCGGGCUCCGGGGGUCCGCCGCGUCGACGUCCGAGGCCCGGUCCCAGAGAGGCGGAGCCGAGAGCUGAAAGGCGGGGGCUCGCGCGAGCCGUCGGCGUGGCGAUGCGUCAGGGACGGCCCCCGCACGCGAAGUGAAAGCAGCCGCCGCCGCCGCCGCCGUCACCGCGUCACCAUGGGCGUCAGCGCUUCCGGCUACCCGAACUCCUGCUCCCCUCGCUUCGGGGGGAGUUCCCAAUCGCAGCACACCCUCAUAGGGACGGCUCCCUACGGCCAGCAAGGCUACGGGUGCGAGCCCAAACUCUACAGCCCGGAGCCCCAGGGGCCCGACCGGCCCGCGGAGCGGAGGAAGAAGACCUCGGGCCUGGCCACGCUCCGGAGGAGGUUCAUCAAGCGGCGCAAGGCCGGCCGCUCCGCCGACCACGGCCGGCAGAUGAGGGAGCUCCUGUCGGGCUGGGAGGUGCGCGACGUCGCCGCCCUGGUGGAGGAGUACGAGGGCACGGCCGCCCUCAAGGAGCUGAGCCUCCGGGCGGACCUGGCCCGGCCCGAGGCGCGGGGCCUGCGCCGCGACCUGGCCGCCCUCUACGAGCGCCGCCACUGCGCCGACGUGGACCUGGUGUUCCGGGGGGCGCGCUUCCCCGCGCACCGCGCCAUCCUGGCCGCCCGCUGCCCGCUGUUCCGGAAGCUCCUGCCCCCCUCCCCGUCCCCCGAGCGCGACGGCCCGGUCCCGGUGGACGCGGCGCUGGGCGGCGUGGACGCGCCCACCUUCCAGGCGCUGCUCCGCUACCUGUACACGGGCGAGCUGGGCGGCGGCGGCGGCGACGCCCGGGCCAGGAGCGCCGACGUGCUGCUGAGGCUGAGCGAGGAGUUCGGCGCGCCCAGCCCGCUGGAGGCGGACAUGCGCGGGCUGUGCGACCGCAUGUGCUACUACGACUCGCUCCUGAGCUUCUCCGCCGAGGCGGGGCCCGGCGAGGGCGAGGGGGCGGCGGCGGCGGCGGCGGCGGGGGGCGCUGGCGGAGGAGGGGGGGAGGAGCUCCGGGCCCACAAGGCCCUGCUCUCGGCCCGCUCGCCCUUCUUCCGGAACCUCCUGCAGCGGCGCACGCGCUCCGGGGAGGAGGCGGGCGACCGGGCCCCGCCGGGCCCCGCCCGCAUCGUGCUGGACGAGUCCAUCAUACCCAAGAAGUACGCGCGGGUGAUCCUGCACUGCAUGUACACGGACGCGGUGGACCUCUCCCUGGUGCUGCGCAGCAGCCCCUCGGCCGGGAGCCUCGGGGAGGUGCAGGCCCUGGUGGCCGGGCGGGGGGGAAUGACCCGGACCGAGGAGGCCAUGGAGCUCUACCACAUCGCCCUCUUCCUGGAGUUCAGCAUGCUGGCCCAAGGGUGCGAGGACAUCGUGGCGGAGAGCAUCUCGCUGGACUCCAUAGUGGCCAUCCUGAGGUGGAGCUCCCAGCCCUACGGCUCCAAGUGGGUGCACCGGCAGGCCCUGCACUUCCUGUGCGAGGAGUUCAGCCAGGUGAUGGCCUCGGACACCCUGUACGAGCUGGCCCAGGAGCACCUGCUGGACGCCAUCCAGUCCGACUAUCUGCAGGCCAGCGAGCAGGACGUCCUCAAGUACGUGGUGAAGUGGGGAGAGCACCAGCUGAUCAGGAGAAUGGCAGACAGAGAGCCCAACCUGCUGAGCGGCACAGCCCACAGUGUGAACAAGCGCGGCGUGAAGAGGAGGGACCUGGACCCGGAGGAGCUGAAGGAGAUCCUGUCCCCGCUGCUGCCCUGCGUCCGCGUGGACCACAUCCUGCCCGCGCACAGCGAGGUCCUCUCGGACGCGCUGAAGAGGGGUCUGGUCAGCACCCCUCCCUCGGACAUGCUGCCCACGGCCGAGGGGGGCAGGGCCAACGCCUGGCUGCGGCUGAAGAGCGGCGGGAUCUACCUGAGGCCCCGCCUCUUCUCCCCCUACGUGGAGGAGGCCAAGGCUGCGCUGGACGAGCUGAUGGUGGAGCAGGCGGACCUGGUGCGUCUGCGCAUGGUGCGCAUGUCCAACGUGCCCGACACCCUCUACAUGGUCAACAACGCCGCCCCCCAGUGCUGCCACAUGAUCAACCACCAGCAAACCCCGGGCGGCCAGACCGUAACCCCGCCCUCCGUGGUGGCCAAUGAGAUACCAGUGCCCCGGCUGGCGGUGGUGAAGCAGAUGACGUCGCGCCUGCAGGAGCUGCGUCGCGCGGAGCCGGCGCAGCGGGCGUACGCCCUCAACUGCGGCGAGGGGGCGAGCGUCAGCCGCGCCCUGCAGCUGCGCGUGCUGCGCCAGUUCGGCCUGCCCGACGGGGCGGCCGAGCUGCUGCAGAACCCGCACAAGUUUUUCCCGGAGGAGUGCUUCGGGGACGAGAGCCCGGUGCUGGCUCUCCGGCCGCUCCCCGGGGCCGCGACGGCCGGGGAGGGGCCGCCCGGCUUCCGCCCCCCUCUGCCCCCUCCGCCGCCGCCCUACCACCCGCCCGCCGCGCCCGGCCACGCCCAGCUGGCGGCCUGGAGGACCCGCGCUCGCGCCCACCCCCAGCCCCCGCCCCCGCCCCCGUCCCGCUCCUUCUCGUACCCCUGCAGCCGAGCCGCCCCCCUUCCCUGGCGCCCCGCCCCCAAACAGGGAGGCCCCGCCCACCCGCCCAACUGCGCCGACCUGCUGGGCCCGGCCCACCCCUCGUACCCUGGCCAGCAGGGGCUGAACCAGCACGCGGAGCCGGCGGUCAACGAGCUGAUGCCGGACGUGGCGGCGGGCGUGGCGUCCCUGAGCCUGAGGGGCCCCCAGGGGGGGCCGGACUGCGAGGGCCACGACCCGCCCCCCCACAUCUCCUCCGCCGCGCCUCACCACCCCCCCGGGUUCUGCCACGCCGGCCGGCACGGCGCCGCCCCCCACAAGAAGCACGGCGCCGACGCCGAGGGCCGGGCGGGGCACCCCGACCUGUACGCGCCCCCCCGCCACGCCCCCCACCCGCAGGCCCGCUACGUCGCGGGGCCCGACCUCUACGUCCACGCCCGCCCCGCCCCGGACCCGCACCCGCACCGCCUCAGGCUCCCCCCGCGCCCGGACCUGGCCCCCCCCGGGGACCCCCAGCCCCCCCUCGCCAGGGGGCGGUCCCAGACGGAGCCGGACGCGGCGCGCGCGUCGGGCCAGGCGCGACCCCCGGCCGUCGCCGUGGAGACGCAGAGGCCGGGGGCCCCCGAGGGGCCGGGGGGCUGCGUGGACGAUACAACGGCCGGCAGAGACCGCAGGUCCCCGGGCAAACCGGAGUACCCUUACAGGAAGUCUGCACUUUAACCGCAGAGAGAGAGAGAGAGAGAUGCAGGAAGCAGCUCAGGGUAAA